UGUGGCGCCGGGGAGAAGUUGGGGGUUCGGAGCCUUGCUCAAGGGCACCUAAUUCAUGGUAUUGCUGGCCCUAGACUCAAACCCGCGACCUUAGGGUUAGGAGUCAAACUCUAUAGUAAAUGUGAUUUAAUUUUUCUCUUGUGUUUCACAUCAGUAAUUGUUCUUCUCUUUCUGUUUCCAGGUCUAUCACACAAUUAUGUUACUGUGAGGAUUGUGCUUCUGGGAAAGACGGGUGUUGGGAAAAGUGCAACGGGAAACACGAUACUGAGAAGAGAAGCUUUUAUAUCGAAACUGACUUCACGCUCUGUGACCAGAGAGUGUGAGAAAGAAUCCUCAGAAUUCAACAGAAGAUGGAUAACUGUGAUCGACACUCCAGGCCUGUUUGAUACUGGAGUCGAUAAUGUGGAGACCAGGAAAGAGAUUGUGAAGUGCGUCUCAAUGGCAGCUCCUGGACCACAUGUGUUUCUGCUGGUGAUUCAACUGGGACGAUUCACUCAAGAGGAGAAAGAUGCAGUCAAGAUGAUCCAGGAGAUGUUUGGAGACAAAUCCAGAAUGUACACCAUGGUGCUCUUCACCAGAGGAGAUGAUCUUAGAGGAACAAGGAUUGAAGAUUUUAUUGAAGGUGAUGAUAGCUUACAGUACCUCAUCAAACAGUGUGGUCACAGAUACCAUGUGUUCAAUAACAAAGACACUAAACAUCAGGCGCAGGUUUCUGAGCUGCUGGAUAAGAUUGACUGUAUGGUGGCAGCAAAUGGAGGGAGUUUCUACACCAAUGAGAUGUUCCAGCAGGUGGAGAAGAACAUCAGAGAAGACCAAAAGAGAAUCAUGAAAGAGCGAGAAGAAGAGAUCAAGAGAAAAGAAGAAGAUCUGAGAGCCAAGUAUGAAGCAGAAAUAGAAGAAAUGAAGAAAGAAAAUCAGAGAGAAAGACAAGAAAUGCAAGAAGAAUUGAGAAAAAGUGAGGAAGAAUUCAAAAAGAGAGAAGAAGAGAUCAAGAAAGAAACAGACGAAAAUCUACAGAAAGAGCUACAGAGAAAACUGGAGGAGAACCAGAAACUAUUUGAAGAAGAAAAUAAAAGAAAAGAAAAGGCUUUGGGAGAACAACAACAGAACUUCAUAAAAUACUUAGAAGAAAAGCACGAGAAAGAAAAACAAAAACUUAAGGAGAAGAUUCAACGUGAAGCACGAGAACAAGCAGAGUGUGAAUAUCUCAUAAAACUGGAAAGAGAAGUAGCUGAAGCUUUAAAAAAAGCUGAAGAACAACUACCACACAGUGCAAAACGAGCUCGUGACUGGAGUCAGUUCGGAGGGUUUAUCGGAGCAGCCACUGGAAGUUUUAUUGGUUCUUUUGAAGACCUCGUGUGCUGGAUUACCAGCAUACGGUCUAAAUGUCAAACUCAACAGCUAACUGAAGAAUGAGUUCAGACUAGAGCAGAGAGACCAGCUUCUCCUCAGCGUUUGACACAUGGAUCAUAAAUCACUCUUGAGUUCAACAGGAUUGUUAGAGAAGACUUGGAGGAAUCCAGCAGAACUUCAAACGCAGAGAAGCACAGAAGCAUUUCAAGCCUUUCACUUUCACAAUAAGUCUGUUUGUAUUUUUUUAUUUUAUUUUUUGGGUCAGAGUCUAACAACGUUUGUCAGGAUUGGCUAUAUUAAUUGUUCAUCAUUAUCUUUUUUUUUUUCUACACAUUUUAUUCAGUCUUUCUAAAAAUGGUGCCUGUGUAUUCUUCAGAUUUAACUUAAAAUGGUUUGGAACGUGUGUUUUGUUUUGUUUUUC